UGGUCAAAAGCUGGAAACCUUCAUUGCGGCGGUCACUGGGGGCGCUGAAGACGAGCGCACGACGAUUCGGACAGCUCCUGUCGUGAAGACCGCGCCCAAUCCAACGUCGCCGUUGUCUCCGCAGCAGGAAGGUAAUCACGAGGCGGCCCAGACCACCACUGCCGUAGUUGCUACGACUGCAGCCACGACUACGACGGUAGUGGCCUCGUCACCGCUGGAUCACGUUAUAUUUUGUGGACACGGCGGGUUCCAGACCAUGGUUCUGGUCUACACUACUGUGGCGUUCUUCACGGCUGUUGAGCACGCGCUCGCUUCUACUAACUUGGCAAGGCCCGUCGACCACUGGGGCAAGCCUCCCGCCAGGUACUCCUACAUCGACCCACUGGCAUGGAGGAACGUCAGCAUACCACUCGUCCUGGAAGAAGACUGUACCGAGAGACGAAGCCAGUUCGAGCCCCCGUUGCCGUACGCCGAGUCAUCAGCAGAGUAUCCGAGCAACCGUACCAUCGUCCCUUGCGACUCAGGCUGGGAGUACAAUACAGGUGACUCGAACCUCCAUUCCAUAGUAUACGGAUGGAACCUAGUCUGCAAACGAGGCUGGAUCGUGUCGGCGCUUGCGGCGGCAUACAUGGCCGGAGGAGUGGUCGGCUCGGCACUCAUCAGGACUAAUCAGAGCGCACUGUCUCAGCAGCUCGCGGGCAUCGCGGCCGACAACGUCGGUCGACGUCCCGUGCUCGGCAUCUGGCUCGCGCUGCUAGUAUCCGCCGGCACCGCGCUGACGUUUGCCAACAGCGGGCCCCUGCUCGCCACGCUCCGGUUUCUGCUGUCGGCCUGUGCCGCCGGAGUGCUUAUAACCUCGCACGUCCUGCUCUUCGAUGUGACCGGCACGCAACACCGCGUGCCGGUCACAUUGCCGGUGGCCUACGUGGUUCCUUCGUGCAGCAUGAUCGCCACGGCUUAUCUGGUCGAAGAGUCGCCCUGCUGGCUCCUGGCAUUCUCUGAGAUGCGCUGUGCCGAGAACGCGCGCGCAGCGAGCUCCCACAGAGACGAGCCGCGUCUGUUCAGGCACCGCCUGUCGGCGCUCCGGCUCGAGAUGUGCAGGCUAGCACGAGCAGCUGGGCUCCGGCUUUCAGACCUCCUCUCCAAUCAUUCCCUGCGCCAGCGGUCAGCCCUUAUCUUUGGCUUCUGGUUCCUGGUAUUCAGGACCUUCUCGCACCUAAGCUUGGGUCACGUGCUGCGCGAUAACGAGCGCGCUCGCUCCGCCCUCUUGGUCAUGCCGCUGCCCUGCGUCGUGGCAGACAGCGACGCCCUGACAAGCGCCUGUCGGCGCCUGUCUUCCACCGCCAGCAUGCUGACGCUCUCCAUCGCGACAGGCGCCCUGUCCGCCGUCAACGUAAUGGGCGCCCCCGACCAACUGGACGUCAUCGUCGCCGUCUCGGGACUUCAGGCCCAGGACAUCUCCGCCAUCGCCGCGUUCGCCUUCUCCGCCCAACACUACCCGACCGUGCUUCGGGGGUCUGCCUUGGGCUGCUCCUACAAGAGUGGCAGAGCCGGCGCCUUCGCGGCGUCGUUCGUCAACGCGGUCUGGUCGCCACCGCUGAGGGCGCUCUUUGCGCCGCGGCGGCCGCCAUUUUACACUAGUAGCCUGUAG